AUGCUGCCAAAAAAAUCAGUUAUGGGCUUUGGGGGGUGCAGUCAGGAACCAGGUGGUAUGGCAGAAACAGUCUGGGCACUAAGCUCCAAGUCAGAAGCCUUGGAAGAUGGUUUUACUGGAACAAUAUUCAUUUUGUUCAAAAACAUGGUGCACGGGCCUCACUGGGAGAUUGUUCACAAUGGCGGCACAAUUCCUGCCAUGGCAACUCUUCAUCGAUUCACUUCUGUUCUAACUCGAUUUCUGCGCAUUAUUCGCUCAAGUCUCAACAUCGAUCCAAUUUCGACAUCCUCCUUCGCGCAUCGUCACGUCUCAAACGCUCUCUUGCUCAACAUCGAUCCAAUUUUGACAUCCUCCUUCGCGCAUCGUCACGUCUCAAAUGCUCUCUUGCUCAACCAGGACAAUCCACUGAACUUAGAUCUAAAUGCGUUCACAAUACAAAGUGAUUUCGCGAUUACGUGGUUAUGA